AUGGCAGCUCUUGCUAGACCCACGGGGACUCUCCCUAGCAACACACAGCAGAAUCCUAGACCUCAGUUCAGUCAGGGACAUAAAUACACUCCCCUUCUAGUCCGUAAUGAGCAAGCCAAAGCCAUCGCCACUCGCACUGGUAGGUCUUAUGACCCACCUCCUAUGCCUAAUGUUGUUGUUUCAGAUGUGCAGGAUAAAGGAAGCGAUGAUGUUUAUGUUGAUGAAGAGAUCGAUAUGGAGGAAGAUCCGACCGUGAAGACUCCAGUCACUCCUCCAAAAUUGGUUGUGGCGCCAGAGGGGAUGCCCAAUUAUGCCAAGUUCAUUAAGGAGCUUGUGACAGACAAAGGGAAGUUUGAUGAGGCAAAGGCUACUUUUCUUUAUGCCGAGUGUUUUGCUAUGUUGCAGAACCGCAUUCCACCAAAGCUUGAAGACCCAGGGAGUUUACUUAUCACUUGCUCUAUUAGAACUCUUACUUCGAAAGUCCUAGCUGAUUUAGGGGCUAGCAUCAAUUUGAUGCCUUACUCAGUUUAUAUCAAGUUGGUUUUAGGAGUCCUUCGUCCUACUCGCAUGAGCAUUAGACUUGCUGACCAUUCAUUUCAGUAUCCCAUUGGGAUUGCUGAGAACAUGACUACCUGA